GUUUCCUACUUUUAGGUGUAUAACACCACCCCUGCCUUGUCAUCCGACACAAUCGUAAGCUCCUAAUUUAUUCAAUAAUUAUUCAAUUUCAAAUUUGUUGGACAAGUCACAUUGCAUAACCUUCAUUACCCUUUAAUGGUUGAGUCUACUUUUUAACAACGCAAUCUAUGUCUUACAACAAGAGCUAUCUUAUCCUACAGCACUAGCCAUUGUAAAUAUUAUUUCAAAUACGUUAGGUACAAGAGACGUCUCAUAAGAUUAGCAGUUGUACCCUUCAAAGACAGCUGGCGUCUCCGUCAGGAGAGUCGCCGCCAUAAAGGUACCUAGCGUUUCCCCGUCAGGUUGCUGGGGAGUAACAAUUCUGCCCGUCCCGUGCACAUGUUUGAAUUCAUGAUAUUCGUACCUUCCUUCGGGUCCUUCUUUCCCCGCACAUUGUUUGGUUUCCCUCAAACUCGUCAAAUUUCCUGCUGCGGUAUCAUAUCCUCUAGGUUUUAAUCGUCCCACACCAAACUUCUUUUUUGUUGAGCGCUCUUCUUGUUUAUGUGACGACUUGACUUGUUCUCAUAAACAACGCUGCAACCAUGUUUCCCCCCGGUCAGCAGCACCGCGCUUUUGACCAGCCUUUCGCCAUGAACCAGCAGGUAAGUGAAUCGAUGGGCCAGGCAACCGGCCACAGCGCUGGCAACAAAAUCGACACAGACCCAAACAUUGCAGGCGCGUGGAUCCUACGACGACCCUGGCGCCCAAAGCUGCCCUUUGAUAGACUACAGAUAGGCGGAUCAGCUCAACUUCCCAACUUUACCAAGCAGGAACUCAAGGCUUUUGUUGAGACUAUCAAAACAGAGGUGCCUAAACAAGAUGAGGAGCAGAUCAAUGAUGAUGCCAUAAUCAAGUUUGUAGCUAGACCGCAUAUGGAUGCUAUUCGGUAUGCAGUUCACGCAACAGCAACCCAACCUCCUUCAAACCCUCCGCGCCUUGUUAUGUUUACAGACGGAUCGGUAAAAUCCAGACACAAUGUUGGCUGUGGUAUUACUUACAAGCGUUUCUACGGCGCUGACCAUAACUGGGUCGACGCGGCCUAUGGAUCAAAGGGAAUCUCUGAUUUACUAGACCACGAAGCCAUAGCACUGCACAGAGGACUGUGGAUAGCCUAUUACGAGCUGAUGGAUUGGGCUGGACGAGUUCCUAAUCCUCUUGGUGGUGGUCGCACUACGCCACCAAAGGUAAUCAUCAUAACUGAUGGCCUUUCCGGAAUCCAGCGCUUGCAUUACAGCUAUUGCUAUACCAAACUGGAAAUUGAACCGCACAAUAAAGCUGCAAUCCACGAAUAUUUGGUUUAUCCUCUCGAGAAGCUUGUGAAAUUCGGCAGCAAGGUCGAAAUCCACUGGACACCAGGACAUGUCGGUGUUGAAGGAAACACCCGAGCUGAUUCGUUAGCCUCGGUAGGAGCUGACUAUGCCAUCGAGUAUUCUCAUUCAACCGGACUUGGUAUUACAGAUUUGAUGCUUCCACUGUCAAACCACAUGUUGGGUCAAAAGACAAGACCAGCGUAUCCGUUUCACCUGGGUAGUCCCAUGAAUGAUUUCAUCCAUUGGCACAAACAAGAAACGAGAGUGGCUAUUCGAGUUGCACUACAUUCAAACGAAGAGAGAGGAGCUGCGGAUUUUAUUGAAUGGCUAGCCAAAGCUAGUUUAUCUAACAAAAUUAGCAAGGCCACGCUAAGGAUGCUCAAAAAGAAGAAGAGAAAAGCUGUGAACAUAUUAGCCAAAAGGAAGACAGGAGGACUCCUUAAUAAGGCAGGAAAACUAUUCGAUGGAGUAUUUCCACCUAAGGAUAGUCGCAACAGUGGCACUAGUCAGUCGAAGAGAAGAGCACAUGACGAGGACGAUGUUGACGACCUCAAUGACUUGUUGCCUCACCCCAAAAGGCAGAAGGCCGAUACUGGUAAUGCUGACCAGAGCUGCAUUACACAAUGAUUCUAGGGAGUUAUAGCUACAGGUUCGGGAAUCAGAUUGGAACUCUGAUAGUGGCUUAACGAAAUAGUCAACAAAUCACCAAUGAAUUGUCUAAUUCACAAAGAUAUUCCAGACUAAAUUCCAGAAAGGCUGUGCAAAUCUGUUAAGUUCCCACGUUGCAUAUCGACAUAAAUCUAGAAUCAGACAGCAAAGUGGGCUGGUGGCUUUUAAUUGUAUUAACACAAAAAAGACUCAGAAAAGGUAAAUA